AUGCGUCCUCAAUAUGUUCGUAUAAUUGUUCCUUCCAAUCAACAAAUUCGUUUCCUUGCACCAGUGCAACAAGGAGUAUUACAGCAACCGCGCUUGUAUAUGCCAUCACAAGUUCGUAUGAUUGCGCCAAAUGCUUCCGUUGUUACUUCAUCUGUUUCAUCGUCAAAUUUCGAGAAUAAUACCGUAUUACGCACACCACUAGCAUCAUUAGACGCUAAUUGUUCAACAUCUUCGACAGUAGUAGCAGCAUCUUCGAAUCACGAACCACCUCAUGCAUCAUCUACUUCGACAAAUACUUCAUUACAAAAUACUUUCGUUCAAUUCGAUUCAACAUCAGAUAAAAAUAAUAAUUCGAAUGAAACUGUGCUAUCAACAUCAAUCAAACGAAAUCGCUCUUCCUCGUCUCAAUCGAAUAAAACGUUAAUUACGAAAUCAGCAACAAAAAGUGAAAAUGAAGAAAACUUGUCAAAAAAAAACAAACGAGGCAAAAAUUGGUCAGAAGAAGAAACGUCUGUUUUUAUCAAUAUUUGGAGUGAGCAUUAUGAUAGUUUGAUGACUGGUGGAACAAGAAAUACCAAGAUUUAUCAUGGAAUGGCACAGCAAUUAAAUGAAUUUUUAUCACCGCGAGUAAUGACCGGCACAGACGUAAAGGCAAAAAUAGCGAAUCUCGUUUCCGAAUACAGAAAAAAGCGAAAAGAAUCAGGUAAAACAGGUAGUAGUCCAUCAUCAUGGCCGUACUUCGAACAAAUUGACAAGCUUCUCGGUGCACGACCAUUUAACGACGAAAGUCUUUUGUCAGAUUCCAUAUCUCUUCAAGAUGAACAAGUGCUCGUGGACAUUGAAAAUACUUCACCUUCCGAUUUAAAUUUGAAUUCAUUAGUAAAAGAUGAUGAAGAUAACAAUAUAUCCACUUUCAUCAAAGAAAUCGAAGAAAUUACAAAUAAUACUGAUAAUCGAUCAUGCAAUUCGAAAAGUCCACCAAACUCAGCAUCUACACAAAAAACUACUACCUCAAACACUCCCGACAAUUCGAUCAAACGAAAUUUACCAUCCAAAAAAAAGAAAGUGGUUGAUAUGCGUAUGGAACUUGUUCAACAAAUGAUAAACAAAAUUGACGGUGCCAAUGACAUGGCUAUUAAAGCAGAAUCGAAGGCGUUGCUUUUAUUGGAAAAACAAACUAAACUACAAGAAGAGAGUUUAAAUAAUGAGAAGGAAUUUUUGAAUGUAUUUAGAAGUAUUGCAAAUAGUUUCAACACACAAGGUUAA